UUUUCGAAAAACAGCUGUUGAAAUCUGUAAUAUAAAUUGUGAACGUUUUAUUUUAUGUUUUUUUUGUAUUUUAUUUAUUUAUAUUUUUAUUUGUUUUGUUGAAAUUUAAAACAAUUUUCCCAUGAAUUGCACUGCGUUUUAUCAUAUCAACUUUCUUCAAAUAGGCGUUAUGAUGGUCUCGCACGAGUGCCCUAUUUAUUUCUAGGGCUUUUGGCACAAUGCAUCUCGACAUGUCUUUGACAGUCCAGCAAGUUGUAAGUGAUGCAAAAAAUCUUGCUCUCAAAUUGAAAGAAAGAAAUGAUACAGCCGAUAAGCUCAUUUUACAAGGGCAUACAGUACACAGGAAAAUUGAUAUAAUGAAACAGUAUGCUGAAGAUACCGCUGAGCUCAAUGAUACCGCUAGGCACCGUCCACACUCUGUGCUAAUAGCAGGAAUUGAGCAUGAAAAUAGACAUUUGCGUGAUUUACAACAAGAAAAUAAAGAACUGCGCGAUGCAUUGGAAGAGCAGCAAAAUGCUCUCGAACUUAUCAUGUCAAAAUAUCGGAAACAAAUAUCAAAACUAGUUAACUCUUCCAAAAUAGAUUUCUCUAGAAUGUAUACAGAUACCUUCCUUGAUCAAGCGUUAAAGAUCGAUGAAAUGGCUGCUGUAAUGGGAAGAGCUAUAGAUGUUGACGAGGAAGAGUUUAUUAAAAAUGAGCGACAACUUAAAAAGCUCGUUACUGAAAAUGAGAACCUUAGACAUUUACUGAACAUAGCAAAUAGCAACAGGUCUCUACAUGCUGAACAAGAAAAAACUAAUGUUUGUGAUGCUAAGACUUCUUUCCAAUGAUUGUUUUCGUACACCCUCUCUUAACUGACUUCAAGUUCUUGUGGAUAACUGCUCGUUUGUAAUUUUUCAACCAUGUCUUGAGAAUCCUUAAUUAUGAGAGAUGGAAUACGAGCUUUCAAUUUUUCAUGAUAGUUGUCCUUCACUAGCCUUGAGAAUGUUGAUUCAAUAGUUAUACAGCCGUAAAAGAUCGUGGAUUUCAACUUUCGAGGUGUUGAGAAUAAGCCCUUUUUUUGUUGCCAUUUAAGUUUUAACUUUUUAACAUUAUGAAGAAAAUCAAUGUGCACAAUUUUUGUUAAAGUUUUUCAUCAACUUUAGGCAGGUCAGAUCUGACUUGUGUCAGCUUUUCUAGUUAGCUGUUUUUCUUUUUCAGUUUCCAAAGGGCGAAUUACUUCUUCUUCGACUAUCUCACAAUCUCUCUCCAUUACAAAGAUUUCUUUAUUUGUUUAAAUUUAUUGUUUUCAGUCAUACUGGAAUAGACAAGGAUAGGUUGUUCUUUCAUCAUUUUUUGUUUUAUAAAAGCCACCAAUUCAAAAAGUGAUGUUUUAUUUGUUUACGAUAAGUUUAUCAUUUAUUUGUUUAAAUUUAUUGUUUUCAGUCAUACUGGAAUAGCUAAGGAUAGGUUGUUCUUUCAACAUUUUUUGUUUUAUAAAAGUCCCCAAUUCAGAAAGUGAUGUUUUAUUUGUUUGCGAUAAGUUUAUAAUUUAUUUCUCAUUUUAAUAUCUUCUUAUUAAAUAUGGUUGUUUCUAAAGUUACAGUUUAAAUCUAAAAAGGGAAAAACAAAAAUGAAUGCUUUUUCAACCAAACUAGAAAAGUAAUAUAAUGAAACAAAUUAUAUUACAGUUGCUUUCAUAUUUAAGCUAUAACUAAACCAGUGUCUUUCUUACUUUUGAUUUUUUUAUACUUUUUUUUAUUUUAUAAAGUUAUUUAUUGUUGUUAAAGUGUUGUAGAUUGUUCAUUCUCGUACUAGUAGAUUAUUAACUGAAAGUUAAUAAAAAUAUUUGGAUGGAUGUAUUUCCAGCUUUUCUAAAUUAAUCCAGGCACUGAUUUAAUGACUAAACAAUAAUAUUUUUGAAGACCCAUGAAUAUAAACUGUUCAUUUUUUGACAAAACAGUAAGCCAUGGGUAUUUUCCAUUUUUUAAAAAUUAAUUUAUUUUUUUACAAUGAAUUU